CGUUUCCAGGCAGGAGGCGCAAGCUAAGCUCUCUAGUCUAGAUCUCUAGGAGGAUCCCUCGCGACCAUUUGCACGAGAGACACCAAGAGAGAAGCAGAGGCGGUAAACAUUAUCCAGACACGGAUCCUGGCUUCCACUGACGCGCCUUCCAAAAGGGCGAGACCAACCUUUGCAAACCCCGCAUUUUGCAGGCGAGCACGACUUCAUCGCUGAAAUGUCCACCACUGUGACAGAAUGCGGAAAUGUGAGGAUCAUCUCAAAAGUCGUUCAGCCAGGCCAGCAGGAAGCAGGCACAGCAAAUACGUCAGGAACUACUGUCACUGUAUCGCACGGUGCACCAACCUAUAGCAAAACCACCAAGAAUAUGCUUCCCAAGGCCCUUGGGACUGUGCAGAUCGUUGUGGGGGCUAUAGAGAUAUGUUUUGGAGUUGCCCUGACAGCAGCACAAGAAGAUUCAAAGACCCUGACUGUGAAGAGUGGGGUCUACUUCUGGUUCGGGAUCUUGCUCCUGGUCUCUGGGUCAUUGUUGGUGGAAAUGGAGAAAAGAGAUCUUCAAUGGCUCGUGAAAGCUUGCUCCGCUGCCAACUUGCUAGUUUGUGUUGCUGCAUUGGUUGCUGUAAUCCUUCAUAGUACUGAGAUUGCACAAACCCAUCAACAAGGAGACUUGUGUCAUGAUUCUGAUAUGCGUUAUGGUUAUUGCUCCAAUUCUAUUCAGACGCUGAUAUAUGGUCUGAAUGCGGUGUUUAUCAUCUUUUCAGUCCUUGAACUGUCCAUAGCUGUCGCUGCCCUGGUAGUUGGAUUCAGAUCUUCACAACAACAACUCUAUCGGCAGAUGGCAUUGUGAUAAGGCUUCUCCUGGCACUUCUUGUCACACCAUUUGCAGCAAUUAUAGAGGUCUCUCUUGCUUAGAGCUACACAGCUAUGAACUUCUUUCAGAUACUUCACCUUUUCCAAGAUGGACUGCAGGAAUCCUGCUAAUCUCUUGCCUGGCUUUCUUUAGAAAGAGAAAACAAACUAUAAACUUGCUUGUGACUCUCCUCUAUGGGUCCUGCCACAUAAGCUGAAAAGAAGCUUUUCCAAAUCCAAGACUUCUCUUCUUCACUUUUGUGCAUUAUCAAGAAAGGGAAAUCCCUGUACCUUUUUAAAAGUUUACAUUUUGGGCCUUUCCUGUCUGUUCCUGGAAGACCACAGUCUGAUCUCUAAAUUCUCCUGGGUUUGGUGAUGAGAGAGCCCAAACAGAUUGCCUGUGCUUAUUCCAACAUGAAAUUUAGGUUUGUGGUAAUGAAAUGGACACUGUGAUGCUGAUGAGACUCAUAUAAAUACACACUAUAUUGGAAGGGAAAGUGCUGUAAAUUUUUCAAGAAAAUAUCUAGCUCUUUGAGCCAGUUAAAAAACUGCUUGUGGAUCUUUCUGCAGGGAAAACUGAUGUGGGUUUUUAAUGAAUGCACAACACAUAUUCUUCCACAGGAACAGUUCACAUUAAAUCAAGCAUUCUCAUACUGGAAAACAUUUCAUCAGCAUCUUAGCCUGUCUGCAACCAGGGAAGAAAGGUAGAUUAAGUCUAUCCCUUCCACUCUUCAGGUUGCCCUGGUACCCUAAUGCAGCAAUCUUGUACACACCUGGGAAUACAUCACGUUGAACCCAAUUGAUCUUACCUCUAAAUGCAUACAAUUGCACUUAAUGCUGCAAUCUUAUGGACACUUAAUCUCAGAAUAAAUACCAAUGAAGAAUGUGACUUCUUUCUGAGUGUAUAGAAUUGGGGGCAUUUAAGGGAAGAACACAGUGUUCUCUUUUACCUCUCCAGAGCACAAUCAGACUUUCUGAUGGGCUUCUAAGCCACUGCAUGCAAAUGGCUCAGUCCCUGGCAUCUCCAGACAGAGACUACUGUCCGAAACCUUGAUAAUCUGCUCUCAGUCGCUUUAGACAGUACUGAGCUGGAAAGGUCAACAUUCUGACUGGUAUGAAAAAGCUUCCAGUCUUCCUACAUGUUGGUUCCCCUUGGUUCCCAUAGCGAUGUUUCUUAGACAGCUGAAAAUCUGCCUGAGAAAAUUCACUAGAGGUAAGAUUACGAUAGCUCAGCUCUACUGUAACUUGGAGACAGUUACUUCAUGAAAGUACUUGAAGGAGAUGCUGUUAAAAAAUGUUAUGCAGAAACCUCAUCUGGAGGCUUAAAGGUUGGUAUUUGAAAGAGAGAGAGAUCUGCUUAAAUUUGUUUACUUUUGUUACACUAUAAAAAGGGAUGGGAUCAAAGAGUAGUAAGAUGCAUUGAUGAUGUGUUGCAUUUGUAACAACUGAGAUGUUGACCAAAGUGUAAUAGGUAGGACAGUGUGACAGAUUCCAUAUUCAUAGCAAGCAAACAAGUUUGUCAAAGCUUGUCCACAUUGUGAUAUCAUACAGUAUAAUUUCCAGAGGCAGAAAAAAAUGUUUAAACCUUUGUGGGCCAGUUUGGGCAAUCAGCAGAAUGAAGCAAAAAGCCUGUUUCUGGGGGACAAGCUUGAAUAGUUCUUCCUAAGGUGCUAGUUUUGUAGUUGCAAGGAAUUGUUCAACUUGGGGAGCAUUUGAGAACGCCAGUGCUAUCACCACUCGACAUCCUAAAAGCAUACCUACCAGGUAGGGAACACGUAGCGCUGUGGUCUAAACCACUGAGCCUCUUCAGGUUGCUGAUCGGAAGGUUGGCGGUUCAAAUCCCUGCAACAGGGUGAGCUCUUGUUGCGCUGUCCUAGCUCCUGCCAACCUAGCAGUUCAAAAGCACACCAGUGGAAGUAGAUAAAUAGAUACCUCUGUGACUAGAAGGUAUAUGGCGUUUCUGUGCUCUCUGGCUUCCGUCAUUGUAGAGGUAUAGUUGUGCUUGCCACAUGACCUGGAAAGCUGUCUAUAGACAAACACUGGCUCCCUCGGCCUGAAAGCAAGAAGAGUGCCACACCCUAUAGUCACAUUUGACUGGACUUACUGGUAGCUGUCCAGGGGUCCUUUACCUUUUUUACCUACCAGGGUAGGCUUUAUUACUUGAUUUCUCAAUGAAUUCACAGUGCUGGAUAUAGGCAGGCCAUCCUCUCAGACAUAUUAUUGUUAUUGAAAAAAGAGCCCAGAGUCCAUAUAAUGACUGUACACACUUUAGGAGGCAUUAUUAUUUUUAUUUAUUGAAUUUAUAUACUGCCCUAUACCCGGAGAUCUCAGGGCAGUUCACAGAACAAAAUCAAAAUAUAAAACCACAAAAUAUAUGAUCAAAAUUAAAACAGCCCAUGCAUUAGUUUUUCUAUUGUUAUCAUUUUUUUAUAGCAGUGAAACUAAAGAGCACACACUUGUUUUAACAGAAAAUGUAACCAGGUAUAUAAAGAUGAACUGUUGCAUUCAUUUAAAAUAUGUAUGGAAAUAAGCUCCUCUUCUAAACUACUGCACAUAUAUAUUUUUGGAUAAAUAUAUUGCUGGCAUUGUGUGUUUAUCAGAAUCUUUUUGUGCCUAGUCCAAAUCAACUUUCUAAUUUUUUAUAUAUAGUUUUUAUAUAUCUCAGGUCUGAUUAUCGAAUUGAAUGUUGUUAUACAUCACCUGCCAUGUGCCUUCUGCAUUCAGACUAAAAUAUAUUUGUCAUUUGGUGUGUGAAGUGGUUUGCUAAUAAAUUUCA